GCCAUCUUCACAGAGCAAGGCCUCUCUGAUGGUGCUGACCUGGGCUCUUCUGCUGUGUAGGAUGGUCAGAUGGAGGAAAUUGAGCACUCCAGGAAUUCAGGAAUUACUGGAUGUUGCGAAACAGGACAUUCCUUUUGACUUCUGGAAGGACACCCCAUUAGUCCUCAAGGCCACAGCUGGUUUACGCCUGUUACCAGGAGAAAAAGCUCAGAAGUUACUGCAAAAGGUGAAAGAAGUGUUUAAGGCAUCGCCUUUCCUCGUGGGGGAUGACUGUGUUUCCAUCAUGAAUGGAACGGAUGAAGGCGUUUCAGCGUGGAUCACCAUCAACUUCCUCACAGGCAGUCUGAAAACCCCAGGAAGGAACAGUGUGGGCAUGCUGGAUUUGGGCGGAGGAUCCACUCAAAUCACCUUUCUUCCAAGAGUUGAGGGCACCCUUCAGACCUCCCCACCUGGCUACCUGGCAUCACUCCAGAUGUUUAACAGGACCUACAAGCUCUAUUCCUACAGCUACCUGGGGCUCGGGUUGAUGUCAGCUCGUCUGGCAAUUCUAGGUGGCAUAGAAGGGAAGCCUGCAAAGAAUGGAAAGGAAUUGGUCAGCCCUUGUUUGUCUCCCGGGUACAGAGGAGAGUGGGAACAUGCUGAAAUAACGUACAGAAUUUCAGGACAGAAAGCAGCAGUGAACCUGCAUGAGCUGUGUGCUGACAGAGUGUCAGAGGUCCUCCGAAAUAAAGUGCACAGAACAGAAGAAGUGAAGAAUGUGGAUUUUUAUGCAUUUUCCUACUAUUAUGACCUGGCAGCAGCUGUUGGCCUUAUAGAUGCAGAGAAGGGAGGCAGCCUUGUCGUCGGAGACUUUGAGAUUGCUGCAAAGUACGUGUGCCGCACAGCAGAGACCCGGCCACAGAGCAACCCCUUUGUGUGCAUGGAUCUCACCUACAUCAGCUUGCUGCUCCAAGAAUUUGGCUUUCCUGGGAACAAAGUGCUGAAGCUGACUCGAAAAAUCAACAAUGUUGAGACCAGCUGGGCUCUGGGGGCCAUUUUUCAUUACAUUGAUUCCCUGAACAGACAGAAGAGUCCAGCCUCAUAGUGGCCAAGCUGCCCCAGUCAUCCUCACAGAAGCAGUUCUGUCCCCAUGAGAACAGGCCCCUUUGGGAGUCCUUGACAUGGAGGGAGGAGGCCAUAGGCCCAGACCCUCUUCCCUGUGGCCUUGCAGACCUACCCCUGGACUGGCAGAGUGUUAGAAGCCAGUACAGGCCCAAUGCCUUCUCCUGCCUGCCUUGGCCCCAGAUGGGCAGGGAACCAGAGAGGGCAGAGGACACACACUGAGGCUGGAGCGAUGCACCACCCCCCAUCUGCACAUUGGGCAGCUGUGAUGUGCAUCCCGUGACAGGAGUCUUUCUGUCUCCCCCCAUGUGGUCCCUCCACCAAGUGCAGACCUCCCCCUUCUCCCCACGAUCAGUGUGGUGAUUGUACAGCUGUCCUGGCAGUUCUCAGGGUGAGCCAAGUGGGAACCACCGUGCCCUCUGGGACAGUAAGUCAGUGGAAGGCCGUGAACUCUGUUCUUGAAUGUUUGUCUCCUCCUCGGGUAUGGACAUGUGAAGUCAUCCAGAGGUCCACGUCCUCAGUCCUCCAGAGGAGGAACUGCUGUAAACUAUUUGUGACUGUGCUGUGUGAGUGACGUCUGUUGUGUGGUGCUGAGUGCUUGUGUAGCAGCCACGUUCUGAGCCCCAGUGAAUGUAUCGCUGUCCUGAGCCAUUUGCAGCCCAGCAGUGUAGGAAGACAUAACCCCUGGGGUCAACCAGGGCUGCAGUCCCAGAACCUGCCCCCAGUGCCUGGGGCCACAGCUGAUCCACCGGCAGCUCCCCAGGACACAGAACCUCGUCCUGCAUCUGCAGGCUCUGUGAGUCAUGGGCCAUGUGCUCAGGUGUGGGCCCCAAGUCCACAAUCGUCUCUGCAGUGAAUGUACAGUACACAGAGUAAGCUAAGCCUCAUGUGUUCCUCUCAAAAUAAAAGGUUUACGAAGUUUCAGUUUCUCUGAUUUCUAUGUGAGCAACAGUGACAUAUGUCCGCCCACCCCACCUCGGGAAGCAACUUUACUGAAGUGGGUUGACAGGUGCUGAUACAGCUAUGUCCUGUUUGUGUAUCUCAUGGGCAACAUCAAAAGGACACAUGAGGCCACUGUCGGCCCUCCUGAUGUCUCUUGGCAAAAACUGGCCCUAUGGAGACCCAGUGCUCUGGCAGAGACCCUCAUUUUCCAGCUGUCAGAACAGAGAUCCCCUGGGAGAGGGAGAGAUACCUCCUCUGGGACCAUGACUCAAGCAUGUGCCAGUAAGACUAUGGGCACCCGCCCUUCUUGAGUGGUGCUGGCGAGCAAGCACUGAGCCCCAGGUUUCAGUGUUCACCUGCCAAGAAGAUCUGACUCUAACCUGGGACAGUUGGAAGGGGGUCACAUGCAAAGUCUGGGCAGGCCCCUGUCCUCAAUACUCAGCACUUAGAACCACCACCCCCCACCUCUCUCAGCACCUGACCAGGGGAGCUUGGGGUCUAGCCCUUGGUAUAGGUCCUCAGCAGGACCAUCCUGGUGGUGGCCCAUGUGCAGAAGAGGGCAGUGAGGAGAAAAGGAGGGGCAAUGCUUGCUGCCUCUUCUCCAUGGGCAGAGGAACAGAGGGAGCCAGUGUAAGCCCUCUUGAUAGUGAAGAAGCGCUAUGACCACAGGACCCUCAGGGGUGUCCUUCUCUUAGGGUGUCCCAAUCUGGUCUGAGGAAUGACCUUUAUUACCCAACUCCAGAAGACUGGGGGAGACACCUAGGAUGCAGCCUCUGACAGAUGAUUCAGCUCUUCUUUACCCAAUUGUUUCUCUAAAACUUAAAUCUGGGGCAGAGGUCUCAAGGUCAGUGUGUCACAUGUGCAGGAAAGGUACUGUGACAGUAGGAAGAUACUGUGACAGCAGGUGUCACAGUAGGAAAGGUACUACCCCCAAAUAAAAAGCACCUGAGAACUGAAGCUAAGAAACUUUCACUGGACAAGGGCAUGAAAACCUUGCUUCUCCCUGACACAUCUGCCCACCCCUGCCUCAUCUGGGUUUCCCCAAGUCCCUUUUCUUUCUAUAACAUCUAAUCAUUUAAAUAUUUAAAGAACUCCGGAGGCAAGGAAUCAAAGAUGCAUGAAGGUAGAAGCAAAAAUUGAUUUGUUCCCUUUAUAGGUUAGUGAGCUCACGUCUGAAAAAGUGUAAACAACUGGAAGUUUCUCAAAAUGUCACCAAGUAAGUCAUGGAACAUUUUGGGGCCCAGCAAAAUAUGCAAGUCAUUUCACUCAAGUAAUAAAGUAGGUUCUUGUUUAAAAAAAGAAAUAGCUGCAGUUGCACAUCCCAACACAUUGUAAAAGAUGCAAACUAGGGAUCCCAUGCAAAUUUUGUCCCUCCCAUGCGCGUGCCCCACCUCAAAGAAGAUGUGCAUCUGUCAACUCAGGUCUUCCUUGCACCCCCACACCACUGCUGCCUACAAGUCCACAGCUGCCUAUAAGUCCACACACCCAUUCUCAGAACAGCCAUCCUGUCAUGGCUCCAAGUUGCUUCGGUCCUGGGGUACUUGUGUCAUUCCCAAGGCUAGAUGCCAGAACCCAUCAAGUUCCCAAUCCCACAUCCAUGUGUGUGACCCAUCCUGAUGUUGCCGGAUCCAAGCCAGAACCAUUUUAAAUUGUGUCCAUAUCGCUAGAUUUCCCUUAACUCCACUGCCCUCCCAGCACAGCUAUGAUCCCAGGAUUUGCUCUACCACGUGACAGGUAAGAGGUGGCAGCUGGCGGUUCCCCAUGCCCUGAUCUAUGAUCUAAUUCAUCCUGUAAGUCCUAAUUCAUCCUGUCAGUCUGAGAGUGCUUCCUCUUCUGUGAAAUAUCUGUACAUAUCCCCUGCCAAAUUG